CGGGGCCGGGGUCCCCUCCCCGCUGAGCGCCCCGUACCCUUCCCCGCAGUUCAGCUGCUGCGGGGGCGUCUCCUACAAGGACUGGUCCCAGAACAUGUCCUUCAACUGCCCCGCUGCCAACCCCAGCCGGGAGCGCUGCUCCGUGCCUUUCUCCUGCUGCCUGCGGGACGCCGAUGAGGCUGUCAUCAACACCAUGUGCGGGCAGGGCAUGCAGGCCAUGAGCUACCUGGAGGCCAGCGCCUUCAUCUACACCAACGCGCCCUCGUCCUCCUCUCCCUCUCCUCUUCCACAGCUGGUGGGCAUCCUGCUGGCUCAGAUCCUCAUCAACCAGAUCAGAGACCAGAUCAAGCUGCAGCUCUACAACCAGCAGCACCGGGCAGACCCCUGGUACUGA